UCCCAAAGAGUCAUUUGGGAGCUGGAUUCUAGAUAUCUACAUCUAUAUAAAGACACCGUUUCGCAUGUUGAUCUGAAACCCGACAACCACCGAGGAAUAUGAACAGGAAAACCAGGCGCUGGAUAUUCCACAUCUUGUUGAGUCUAGGGAUUGUCUAUAUCAAAAUUGGGGGUCUUUCCUCCGUGGUGGCUCUGGGAGCCAGCAUCAUCUGCAACAAGAUCCCGGGCUUAGCGCCUCGUCAGAGGGCCAUCUGCCAGAGCAGGCCCGAUGCCAUCAUCGUGAUCGGAGAAGGCUCUCAAAUGGGCAUCAACGAGUGCCAGUUCCAGUUCCGCAACGGGCGCUGGAACUGCUCCGCCCUGGGAGAGAGGACCGUCUUUGGAAAAGAGCUGAAAGUGGGGAGCAGAGAAGCAGCAUUCACCUAUGCCAUCAUUGCUGCUGGAGUAGCACAUGCGAUCACUGCUGCCUGCACCCAGGGGAACUUGAGCGACUGUGGCUGUGACAAGGAAAAACAGGGACAGUAUCACAAAGACGAAGGAUGGAAAUGGGGAGGCUGCUCCGCAGACAUCCGAUAUGGAAUAGGAUUCGCCAAAGUGUUUGUGGAUGCAAGGGAGAUUAAACAGAAUGCCAGGACCCUCAUGAACUUGCACAACAACGAGGCGGGGCGAAAGAUCCUUGAAGAGAACAUGAAGUUGGAAUGCAAGUGCCAUGGCGUGUCAGGAUCUUGUACCACGAAAACAUGCUGGACAACUCUUCCUAAAUUCAGGGAGCUGGGCUACAUCCUUAAGGACAAAUAUAAUGAAGCUGUUCAAGUGGAACCAGUGAGGGCAAGUCGUAAUAAGCGUCCCACAUUUCUGAAGAUAAAGAAACCACUCUCCUACCGUAAACCUAUGGAUACAGAUUUAGUGUACAUAGAGAAAUCACCUAACUACUGUGAAGAAGAUCCUGUCACUGGCAGUGUGGGAACACAAGGCCGGAUGUGCAACAAAACAGCCCAACAGACCAAUGGCUGUGACCUGAUGUGUUGUGGCCGAGGGUAUAAUACCCACCAAUAUUCACGAGUGUGGCAGUGCAACUGUAAAUUUCAUUGGUGCUGUUAUGUUAAAUGUAAUACAUGCAGUGAACGAACAGAAGUGUACACCUGUAAAUGAAAGUGUGGCUUGGGAGGGGGAGCUGAUAACCCUGGAAUAAACACAUUUUUGUUUUGCACAUAAGCUCAGUGUACCUACACAAGACUGUAGUAAAGACCCACUCUUCUUCCCAAAAGAAAAGCCAGCAAAUGGAUCUCAUCUUACUCUCUUAACUUAUCAACAUUUUUGUGGAUAUCCAUCAAAGACUUAGAGGAAUAGUCCAACAGUUGCAGUAGACUUCUAAAAGAAAAGAAAAAAAAGAGAGAAACACCAUCUCAUUCAAAACAAAUGGCGGGUGGGAAAUGUUCUUAAAUAAUCUGGGCUUUCAAAGUAUAAUUUAUUGACUGCCUUAGGUGAAGAGAGGAGGAGAGUACAUAUCAAAAUACUGGCCAAUGUGGGACUUCGGGACUGAAUGAAAGAGACUGAAAUACACAGGCCAUCAUGCAUAACAAGAGAGCUGGAGAAAACAAACAAUACUUUAACAUGAUCUUUGCACAGGAAAGGGUGACAAUGCACCAGUGUGAAUUUCAAUUUAAAGAGUGAGGAUUAUGCAGAUUUAGGGAUUCCUUCACUUGUGAAAAGCUUCUGAGGGUCCUUUCUGGCCUUUCCAUCCCACCCACCCAGUCAGUCUGUCUGCUACUGCGAGUAGAAUUGUUGUGUUUUCCAUAUAAACACUGGUUUAUCUGCUUUUUAUUAUUGUUUUUGUCGUGCUGCAGAUCUUAGCACAGGGAUUUGGAAUGUCUGGGCAUAAUAAUAAUAAUAGCAAUAUUUAACAAUUUAUCCAGAUAAAAGUAAUAUUAAUUUAUUUAAUGAAAAAAUAAUUCUACCAACAUUUUUGGAACCACUCUGCAAGUAAACUAGAUAGCCUGCUUUUUUGUGGAAUAAUUUUGUAGAUAUGAAAACUGUGGGAGGAUGGGGAAACCCUUGAGUUGUAUAUAUUGUUGUUUACUUAGAUAUUUCUACUAGUUGUAAUUGCAGGACAUUUUCCUACAGUAAUAGAUAUUAAGUACAAAAGCAGGCAUCUUUAUAUAUAUAUAUAUAUAUAUUGUUUUUGCUCUUUGCUGCUAGUUGUCUGGAAUCUCGAACAGAUACUCAUCUUUGCAUAGUUAUCAGUACAUAAUCUUUCCACAUUUUUUUAAAAAGGAGCAUUAGAAAAAUCCAGCUGGGAAUAAUGCAUCACAACAUAUAAAUGCAAAACUCCAGACAAGUUUCCAUCUUUGGAAAAAUGAACCAUAGGAUAAAAGAAUAUAUUUUCUAAGAGACUAUUUUUAUAUGAAUAUUUUAUUUAUACUAUAUCUGCUUGUAUAAUUCUGUAACCUGUACUUUUUCUCAAAACAGGCACAUGAUUUGUAAUUCUUAGGCUAUUUAACAGAUAAAGGCUGAUUGCUUUGUUGAAAUGAAAGUAGCAAGCUGGAUCCAUUCAGUUGCUACAAGUGGAUGUACAAAAUACAGAGUGAAUUUUCUCUCCGGAUGUAUGUACAAAGUGGCUCUUUUCGUGCUGUUCAAUUUGCAGAAUAUGCAGAACAAGAACAGGGUAUGUAGCAUCAGUUUUGUCACAUGGCUUGAAUUCAUGGUUGGAAUUAACUGGAUGCUCCUUUAUCCCAUUCAGGAAAAAAAAUCUGAAUUAGCUUCCCAGAUGCGUCAGUCAUUAAACUGUGGCAUUAUGACUAGCAAAUGUGCUGUGUGUGCUGUCAGUUAAACCUCUAUAUUGUGCUACUGUCAAAUUUGAUUUUAUCACUGCAAGACUGUAGACUAUGACUGUAAAAACUAGCAUGACAUGCACAGCCUGAUUCUCAUAGAUAAGGCACAAUGCUUACGGGUUUUGUCCAACUGGUUUUUGCCAUUUGCCUUCCUCUUCCCCUUGCCAAAAAAACCUUAGCUAAAAAGAUCAACUCAUCUUUAGAUAAGCUUUCAAUAAUCCAUUUUUCCCUUCCUUCUUUUGUACCAUUCAGUUUCUACACUUUGGCAUUUCCUUUCUUAUCCCUAAGAUUUUAUCCUACAAUUACGUUCAAUUGAAGAGUUUGCUUUUGUGAAAUCACUGUGAUCGUUCUGCCAGCAUUGUUAGGAUUUGAUCCCCACAUUUACCAUUACCAUUUCUGCCUAAACUGUGUCACAUUCUGGAACCAGGCUUCCAUAUUAUAGAAGUAACAACCCAGGAAACCUGGAUCCCAUGGACAGCAUUUGAUUUCAUUACCAGCUUUUUGCAGAAGACACUUACCUAUGUUGUUCUGCGGGGGCAAGCUCUUUUAAUUGGGUGGAGACUUGGAUGUCUGUACAUUCCAUACGUGAAAAAGCAAGAACAUUUUUUUUGGUCUUAUGCAUGAGAGCUAUCACAGGGAUCAAGGGAUCUAAAUCCAAUGACUAGUCUUAGUACACCUAAUAAAUCAGUGAGGUUUAUCUAGAAUAGAUGUUGACUUCAGCAGUUUACUCCGUGUGCCUACUCAAGUGGAUUUAGAAUUUUGAGUCCUAAGUCUAAGACAUAUGUGCACAUGGAGAGGCUGUCCUGGUGAUUUCCUUUUCUGGCUACAGUCUCUCACACCAUAUCAAAUCCUGCUUUGUUUGGUCCUUACCUUUCAAGAACAUUGCUUUUGCUAUGUAGGGGUGGUGGAGGAAAGACAAUUGGUGUUCCAUAUGGUGCACUUUAGAUCUUGGAUUCUCUUUUUGGGAUUUCUAGGAAAGACAGGCCUUGGCUGUUAGUGACAUAGAUGCAAACUGUUAUGAUGCAUCUCAAGGCUAUAAGAAAGGGUAGAUUGUGAUGUAUCUAUCCA